CGCAGCCCACACCCCGGAUCGCUGCUCCCCGUCUCUGCCAUGACCCGACCCUCCACCCUCCUGCUUUCGCUCGUGUCGCUGGCUAUGGCUCUGGCCGGCCAGGUGAUCGAGCUGACAACCAGUGACUUUUCGACCCCAUCCGAGAUCCACAAGAACUAUUUGGUCGAGUUUUAUUCGCCCAUGUGCCAGGGCUGCCUUGAUUUCGCCCCGUACUACGAGACGCUGGCUGAGGAUUACGCCGAACACGAAGAUAGCCUUGUCAUCGCAAAGUACGACUCGCGAUCGACCGAGGAAGGCCGCCAGAUCGCCAUCAAGUUCGGAAUCACAACCUACCCUGCGUUCCGAUGGUUCUCGAACGGACUAGAGAACGAAGCCACUCCCCUGCCCGAGACCCGCAAUCUGCGAGACAAGACCAUCCUGUCCAAAUACCUCGAUAUCAAGCUCGGCAAAGCUGAAGCGACCCCAGAGUAUGCCACCGCCCUCACUCCCCAGACUUGGGACAGCGUCAUGUUGAAGGAUCUCUCUCAAAGUGCCAUCGUCAUGGUCCUCGGCCCCGGCUGCCCCAAGUGCGACGAGUUUGAGCCAAUCUUCCAGGAAAUCGCCCGCGAGUUUUCGGCCGAAUCCGGUGUGAUCUUUGCCAGCAUCGACGGCUCAAUUGCUCCUCAGAUCAUGCACCGCUACCGCCUCGACCGCAAGCUCCAGUUCCUGUACUUUGCCAGCGGAACCCGCGACCCCCUCCACUACGAAGGCCCCCACACCAAGGCUGCCCUGGUCAAAUAUAUCAACGAGCACAGCCACACCCAGCGCUCCGUCGAUGGCGGAUUCCUGCCCUUCGUCGGUCGCCCUGCGAUCCUGGUUGAACAGGCGCAAGCCUUUGCCUCGGCUUCGGACAAGAAGACCCAGCAACAGAUUUACGACCACUUCGUCAAGGACUACAUCCAGGACGACGAUGGCGACCUGGACGACGAUGGCGACGAGGACGAGGUCGACGAAGCCAUUGCCGAAUACGCCCCCCAUUAUGCUGUUUUCAUGAAGGAGAUCCUUGCCGGCAACCUCAAGGACGUCCCCAAAGAGAUCGACGCCGUCGACGCCCAGCUGGAGCACCCUGAGACGCUCAAGCCCGAGUUUAUCGAUGCCCUCUCGCUGAAGCGCAAUAUUCUGCGCGCCCUCGUUCCCAAGGAUCCCCAGGAGUCUGAGACCAAGGAUCCCCACGACGAGCUGUAAAGCCGCCAUUGCCCACGCCUCCAUCUGAUCAUCCUGUCGGACAGCUACGCGCCAAUGACUGCCCCCCCCCCUUUUCCAUCUCGAUCUUGCCCCUACUACCCCUCCUAUCGAAUAAAGCAACCCUUCUCUGGUCGCCAGCGAGGGUAAUUUUCUCGACGGC